UCGGUGCUAGAAAGAAAUAUGAGCCGUAUUAUAGGCAUAAAGAAGGCAGCACAAUACAAUAUAAAAUAAAAAUAUAAAAACGAUACAGAGCAACAGAGUAACAACCAGAGAACAACUGCGGAACUGUUGUGUGAUACUGCAGGCCGGACAUGUAGACGUUGUUUGGUGAUUUGCGUGUCUAAUUGUCAAUGAUUUGUGAUCAGAGUGACAGCUGUGCGGCGACGUUGGACUAAACAGCCGAGUAGCGUAUUGCUGUAUUCCGUCUCAGCGCGAGUAGUGUGCUUACGUUCAACGCAGCGUUUGUCACUGCUUCUGAGUGAUCGAAGUUUUCAAAGACGGUUGGGCAAGGAAAACUAAAUCGAUACUCCAGAACUGUGUAGUUUAGUCACACUUGUUGCGACGGCACUGUAAGGCUGGACCGGAUCGAAAGAGAAAUCUGGCGUUCUUGUUCCGCUGUGUGAGCCAUGGGUGAACAGUGGGUUGGAUGCGUUGUUGUGGUCGACUGCGGGGACAUUCUCGGCACGUAUCAAGGAAAGAUUGAAAGUGUCGAUACAGACAAGCAGCAGAUCGUUUUAUCGCAAGCAUCUCGAAAUGGCAUCGAGUGUCACGUUCCACAAGUUACCAUCUGUGCUCAGGACAUUGUUGACCUGAAUAUCGUCAAAGCUGGUGGCAUCCGGAGUGAAUCACCUGCUGUGUUGCAAGAAGUUAACGGGGCUCGGAAAGAUACCAAGAAGAAGGUCGCAGUUACUCCCAAGAAAGCAGAGGGGCAGCGGCGGGCACUGACGGGCGCCAUGAGGGGUCGUGACGAUGCCUGCUUCAGUGCCCCAGUUGAUGCUGCUGUGCUGGAGCAGGACUUUGACUUCGAGAAAAACCUGGCUUUGUUUGACAAGCAGGCAGUGUUUAGCGAGAUUGAUGCCGCCCUGUCACGGCCUACACUGUGCAGUGACUACUCUGCACAAACGAGCAAAUCCGGGGUGCACAUGGUCGGCACACCGCCCAGCUACCGGUGCGAUGAGAAUAUUUUAGGUGGAAGUGCAAUCGAGUCCAUGUGUCGCAUCCGAGUGCCUGGGAAGCAAGAGAUGAAUUAUGUAACUGACACAGGUUUGCUAGUGCCAAGUGUGAGUCUGCAGUUGCGCCAGCAGAUCCUGGAGGCUGCUGUGCAGUGUGGUUACAGUUAUGAGCGACAGCUGGAGAUGCUAGGCCGUGCUGCAUCAGAGAUGGUACUGCAGCUGCUUGGUGGCUGCCGCCGGCUUAACCCAGCUAACAGCCACCAGCGCCCCACAGUGGUUGUGGUGUGCGGUGCCCACCGGCAAGGCAGCCAGGUAGUGUGCUGUGGUCGGCAGCUUGCCAACCACGGUGUCGAGGUGCUACUCUGGCAGCUACCUCUGCUGGGUACCGGUUUGAGGCCCGUCGACCCACUGUUUACAGUCGAGAUGGCCCUGUUUCGUAGCAGUGGGGGAAAAGUGCGACUUACCGUAGCAGAACUUUCUGGUAGCAGAGUGGACAUGGUGCUGGCAAGUCUAGACUCCGUAGACGGUGCAAGCCGAGCCGAUCCGACGGCAGUUGCGACCAUGGCUAAUUGGUUCAACCAGAGUAAAGCUCCAGUGCUGUUCGUCGACCCACCGCCCCGGGGCAGCACAGUUACUCCAAUUCCGCAGUGGGUGCUCAUGCCUCUCCUUCCACUGGCAAUGGAUGAACGCAUUGCCUCUGCGGGCCUUUACUUAUGUGACAUUGGCGUGCCCUGCCACGUAUUUCGUAAUUUGGGCAUUCAGUACACCUCCCCUUUUGGAUCAAAGUUUGUGAUAGUGCUCCAUGCGAAAAAGCCAUGAUGGCUCGGCAAGCACGUCACCCUAUCCAAGCUACUGAAGCAUGUUACGGUUCAAGUGAAAGGAACAACUCAGUCAACGUAUCACUCAUCAAAAAAAAGAAAGAAAGAAAGAAAAGUGAAGCAGAAGAGUGGCACAAAAGAAGACAAGUGAGAUAUAAGACGAACUACCAGAACUGAUGGUGUUGAAUGCAGAUUGAGUGAUUGAUUUUGUCGGCCUCCCCUUUUUUUGUGAGAAGUCUGAUUGUGUGUGUGAAAAAGCUGUGUGUGCCGUGUUGUCUUUUUCAUUGGACUACUGCUGAGUACAUUAAGUGAUGCGUGUUCAUUUGCAGGUUGCUUAGGUUAUGUGUUUCAUGUGCAGUGGCUUGCAAAGGAUACGGGUAUGUUAACAACAAACAUAUGUGGCCAAAGCGUAGUCUUACACAUGGCACAAAUUGACACAACGAAAAAAAAAGUGAUGUGGGUAUGUACACAGGAGACGACGAUUAGGGAGCAGCAGACUGCCGGUCAGUAUUCUUAAAGUAGAUGAUUCUGAGGAGAUUGAACAUUUAUCAACAAUUGUGAAACUGAUAGUCUCUUGCAGCAAACAUCUUCAUUGCUGUUGCACAUCUUGCCAUAAGCUUUAUUCUUUCUCGAAGAAAAAAAAAGUAAGCGUCUGUACUCUCACCACAUUGAGCGAGCUUGUGAAGGUCACACAUGUUAUUUGUAGUCGUUGCUACAAUUCAGAGCAAACUCCAGAAAGAAGCCUAAAAUUCUGCUUUUAAAAGGAGAAAUAGGGUGGAAAACUGUAAUAUAGACAGAGUGAGUGAUAAUGUCGAAAUGUGGUGAUUUCUUGUUCUUUUAUUUUGUCACGUGGCUCAUCAGUGAAAAUAUUCCUGUGCCGUUGAUAGCCACUCUAGCUUUUAUUCUAUAUGCACCAAAGAGAGAAUUGUCAUAAAGACAUGCUAAAAGAAUGGCCGCAGCUUUGGUGUGACUUUAUAUUUAUAUAGGACGUCUUAAAACCAACUAUUUUGACUAAGUGAGCAUGUGGGCCCAUUUUAAUCUGUUUUCUGCAGUCACUUGCGGUUUUGGUUCGCUGCUUAGGGGUCCUAGGUUGCCGCCUUGUCUAUGAAUGAGUGAAAGCUUGCUAAGGAACACUUGACAUUUCUUUUUUUGCAUUUUUUUUAAUUAGAUGAAGGGCCAGGACCUCAGAGCUUUAGAAUAAUUACUGCAAUGUCUCAGAGUAGUGUAAAUAAUUUAAUAUAAAAGCUUUUUACGGACACCUUCAAUUAUAGACUCUACUGUGUCGCAACAUGAUCACCCAGAAGGUGAUCAUGAGAGUAGCCGAUCGCAGAAUUUGGGUGCAUGCUCCAGAUCACUUGAUAGCUUCUCAUGCUGCUACUCGUCAUGAAAACUAAUUCGAUAGUGUAGCUGACAGCUAGUUGAAUCACAGAGAGAAUCAAAACGCUGCUAUGUGAAGCUCCCAUGUGAUUGCUAUCUGGGUGAUGACAUUGCAACAUUGUGUUAAACUCCAGGAACUGAAACUGUCUGUUGAGGAGCUGUUAUAUUGAAUUAUUUAUGGCACUUUCAGGCCCGGCAGUACUUUUUAUAUGGUUCUGUGGUUUCGGACCUUAAUUUAAUGCUAAUGACGACCAGAUGAAAAAAAAAAAACGUGUUGGCACCUCUUUGAACAUGGGCAUUAGUGCUUGGUCCUUCAAAUUGUUGUUUUUAGCAAGCCUAUACUGCGUCAUCGUGGCUUUUUGUUUUUCUGUUAUCACACGUCAGCUGCUCAGUUUCAGGCCAUUUGGGACUAUCGUUUGUGCAUUUAUGUGUUAUGUGUGUGGCAAAGCACUGCCAUGUUGCUGUUUUGUACUGUGUACUCGAAGAGUUCCUAAGUCAGUGGAACUUACUAGCCACAAUGUUUAAAUUUCCUGCUUGACUAAGGAAGGCAUGGCAUUUCCAGUUCCUUUACAUUGUCAUUGUAUUUUUCUAUACUAUAAGAUUUGCUGUUACUUUUUUGACUUGCUUUGGUUUUGGCUUAGGUACGCACUUUGAGUGCUGUUGCAUUAUGACAUUCAUAUUCUUUAGCAAUAUCACAGGUGUCAUAUGGGUUAUUAGAGUACAGAAGAAAAUCCAGAUGCAUCUCAUUCACUUGCUGCGAUACUGUGUUGCAUUCUAAAUGUGUAUCCCCUCCAUGAGAAACUGGAAGUCUAAAAGUAACAUGCACUAAACCCUGUGAUGUAUUUUUGUAUUAAUUAACAAUGCCAUUUAAGCAUCAACCAGCUAUUUAAUAUAUGCUGUCUUGCACAGUGAUCUCUGAAAAUUGUGUAAUCUAACUAGCAUGAUGCUGGCAGGCUGCUUUGCAGGUUGGCGUUGGUAUUGGUCGGCUGUCUUAGCUUUAUUUUCUGAAAUGACAGGAGAAAGGGAAUGAUCGCAGGGUGUCAUUUAGUCAUAGUGGCAUCAAGUGCUAUGCUUUUUUUUUUCAUAUGUGCUUUAAAUGGUGAUGUGUGAGCUUCCAUAUUUGCUUCCUGGCACGUCCCUUACCUUGCCGUAUUUGAUUAGUAAAGAGGUACAAAGGUAAAAAUUUGACGGGAGUAUAGUCUAUCUCCUUGAACUGUUUGGCUAUUUCCACUUGUGCGGCCCCAAUGCUUGCUUGUUAUUGUUUAAAGACUGGAAGAGAGUGGGCCGUGCUCACACUGUGGCACAUUGCGAAGAUGUUUAGUAUUCAUGCAAGAGCAAGUUCCUUGUCUUUCUUUCCUGCUGUAAUGUGGCUCAUGCAUCACAUUGAGCAAGCAUCUUUUACUUGCUGGUAACAUGUUUCAUUCAAGUUUGUGAGCACUGUACAGAGUCAGAUAUAUUUUUCGACAUGUAACUCGGGUAAGUUACAUCUGCCAUACAUGGUUUGUUUAUACUCAGCAAUUGGGCAUAUUGUCGUCACUUAUGCCGUAAGCAAGACAUUUGGAAUGACUGGGAUGUCGUAAGGCGUCAUAACAAUAAGCUCAUUGCAUUUAGCAUAUGCAUUUUUUCACGCUCCUUCCAGUCAGCAGACAGCUGUGUGUGUGCCUUUUUCUUUCAUCCAUGUUUUGUGUCAUGAAGACUUGUGAUCUGUGCUGUUUCAGCCUCAGGCGAAGCUUUAAAAGUACCUGUGGUGGGAAAGCAGACUAAAUUUUUUCUUCUGAUCAUUGCGGAAGCAGCCACCUUUCCAUCACAUUUCUUAAAAGAGAAACGAAUGGCAGGGUUCUUAUGUUGGUGUGUGUAACCUCAUUUGUAAGAUGCGUUUACUUUCGUCUCGCAAACUUCUCGUAUGAAAAUACCCGCAUUUCCACUUUUUUGAAUUGAUCUCAUUACCAAUAUGUCGAUCCUUUCAGCAGUACAUGUCUCUGUAAUUCUUUUGGGUGGUUGUGUUGGGGUGUUUUUACAUGUGUUUUAGCGCACAAAUGGGGGCUAUGCUCGGAAGGCAAGUUAUUGGUUGAUUGUGGAUGCUGCGUUUCUUUGGUGCUGUCGCAAAACUCAACAUGUCUGGGGAAAAAAAAGCAUGCGCUCUAAAUACACAGACGCACAAUGUCAAAGAAAAAUGGUUUCUUGAAACAUGGAGUAGCCUUUGUGUUGGCCUGUGUUUUUAGUCUCUGUAAGGGACAACAGACAAGGCUGUUCUACCGGUAUUUUGGCACCUAGCGCAAUGAGAAUACAUGCUUGAAUUUACUUACUGUUUUGAAGGGGGGUAUCAAGCAAGUACCACUCCCCUCGUUUUUUUUUUUUUUGUUUUGUUCAGAAGCAGAUCUGCCAUUCUGUGAUUGACAAGCCAUUGAACAGUCAUAAGUUUUUCCUAGUCUUCAUUUUGUAGUCCUAAUCUAGUAAACUUUAUGCAUUGUUUUUAUGCCUCUAUUAAUGCUGAUACUUUAGAUUGUCAUUGGCCAUUGUGUCUUCUCAAUCUGAUGGUACUAAAUUUUGAUAGGGAGUACCAUUGUGUGACUCUUGGGUGUCAAAGUGCUGACAAGAGCUCUGAGAAGGGCAUACAUAACCGAAUGCUUUCAUAGGGGGCUUUUUACUCAGUUCGAUGAAAAAAAAAUUUUUAGCAAAAUAAAGCCAAAGUAUCAGCACCUUACUUGCGACUAUGUAUUUCAUGGUCAUCAGUUUUCAGAUCGGCUGUUUAUGUUUUUGGUUACAUGAGUCUACGAGGGAGAUUUCUUUCUCCACUUGUUCAUUUUACUUGUAACUUUUUCAACGCGUUAUUUGUGAGCAAUGUUUUGAAAACGGUUGGCCUAGGUGAACUUCAGCACAAUGCUUAAUUUUAAUUCUAUGUAACUAUCAACGGUGUGGCCCAAUAAUUCUUUACAGAAGGAACUAAUUUGUUUGCAUUACUAUGUGAAUUCCCAAGCCAGCAGUUUGGAUGUAAAAGUACACAUUGUUUGUAUGUGACAAAGUAAAAACAUUUUUGAACAUUUUUGCACCACUUUUCAGGGUUGCCUACGGUGUGAUUGUGACAGACUCUCAUCAGCAAAUAGAGUGAAAUCUCGCAUUCGGGUUGCUAAAACGACGAUCAAACAAAAUUAUUGUGAAACAUUCUCUGAAAGUGCGGGAUAAAAAGUCUCGUGAUGCUGCUGUAACACAUUGGUUUCCUGCAAAAUAAAAAUUCCUAUGAGCACCUUCUGGGCCCAACUA